GGGAACACCAGCGGCGGUGACAUAAUUCACUAUUCAACUUUCAACCACCCGUUCCUUUGACGAGGAAGGUUCAUUUCUAUAUGAGAAGUCGACCGACGUUCUUUACCAAGAAGAAAAGUGACAUGGUUCGCGUUCGUCACGGUGGUCCCCCCACCUUGCUAGCCGAUAAACCGGCAACCACCAGCAGCUUAAAAGCGCCUCAACAACAACAAGCACAAAAAGCACCAGCUCAAGGGAAACCCAAAAAUCUUACGACGCAGCUAGCCACGUUACUUCUCCAUGGCGCUAACCCCAACUUGUACAGUCACGAAGAUGCCGGAGAGCGUCGACCACUGCUCUACCUGGCUAUCGAGGAAGCAUGCAACUCUGGAGAUUGGUCCACAGUAGAGCUGCUCUUGGAGCAACCUACUUUGAAUCCUGGUUUGCGCUGCGAAAGGCAGCCAAGGGAAAGCUCGUUCGAGCUGGUGCUGAGAACAGAUUUUCCACGUAUAGCUGCUUCUUCUACACUAGACCAUGAAUCAACAAGGCAAAAGAACUCUCCUACAUCACAAGGAGACUCUCGUCAAGUUUACUUGGUGCGACGGAUGCUGCAAUUGAGACCCUCUCUGGUGCAUGAAACCUCUGGACACUGGGUAAAGGACCCUAGCUCUAGUGUUUCGGCGGAAGAUGAUCAAUCGCAAGAAGGUUCACCCGCUUCUGAAACUCGAGCCAAUCUUCCAAGUGGCAGCAGUACUAAAACCAAGCUCGAACAAAAACCUGAUAAGAAGAUAUCUCCUCUUCAUCGUGCAGUGUUUAGUGGGCAUGAUGAAGUAGCGCUAGUUUUGCUGUUGCAUGGAGCCAACGUCAAUGCUACGGACUGUUUUGGACAAACACCUUUGUUUUUCUCACUCACAAAGCCAGUUACGAAAUUACUGCUGAACCAUCACGCAGAUCCAGCACAUGUGAGCACUCGAGGCCAGGUGGCGGCGCAUGUUUUGGCGUAUUGUUGAUGCUUAGAAGAUGUGAUGCUUACAGUUCUUGUGAAUACGAAAAAGUAGCACGACGCGGUACUACAGCUCUGUUCGCAAUCAAAUCACAUGGAUGAUGGCAGUUCUUACCGAAGAAAUAUUAUAUGAGAGCACCAAAAUCUUCCACCUCGACCUCCACAAACCCAGUUCCAACGGUUGCGCUGGUGCCCUUAGCAUUCUUUUAGAGCACUUUCCGGAAGCUGUGAACGUGCAGGAUUCAGAGGGUCGAACCCCACUCCAUCUCGCAGCUGCUCGUGGUGAGGAAGGCGCGCUUGCAGUUCUGCUCGACAACGGAGCUGAUAUGCAAAUAAAGACAAAACGGGGUAUGGGUGAGAAAUUGUACUAAAUAGAUCAGAUGAAGAACAACUAAGUAACAGUCACAUUUACAAACAAACUUUCAAUUAGCAAGACCUGUGGGUAUGAAGGGGAAAUUGUGAAUCACUAGAUGAGUUAGACAAGACUCCUACCUUUGAUGUACAAUCAAUUGUUGUAACUGUUAGUACAUGUGGAAUUAGGCUGAAAGACCUCGACACCAUUUGACAGGAUGGAAAAUGAGGUAGCAUGACAUGACAUGCCAUGUAGUAACUACCUUGGAGGAGUAAUCCAUACCCCCUGCAGAGACCGCCACCUUCUCCUUUCAUCCUGUGCAAGAUGACAGCUAUCAGCUACGCAGAAAGACAUGGGAAGGAUGAUGCGGCUUUCUAUUUGUAUAUGCGAUGGACGGGAUCUAAGCAUGCUUCCUGGAACGAGCGGUUGCGAAAUCCGUUGUUCCUCUUCACGUUGGUGAUCGUCGUUGUUAUUAUGGCAAGGAUAAUCAUAGUAUUGAUUCCUGUUUGUUACUGUAAUUAUGAAAACAAGUACUUACAAGGGAGGUUAGUGUAAUGAAAAAUAGUGCUCCUGCUUGGAAAGCUAAACUAGCACUAGAAACAUCAACUUCGUUGUAUAUCUACAUGACUGAAGAAAUAGAGAAAAGCAUACCAAACUACUCGUGUCAAUGCAUAGCGAAAUGGAACCUUUCGGUAAAUCCACUUUCAUUUCCUGCGUUUAUAUGCAUGCCGGAACGUUCCAGAGUGCUUGGAACGACUACUGGGAGGGACCCGCUGGUGUGCAUCCAAACCUUUGGGUUCCGAAACCGAAACGAUGAAUUAUCAAGCUUUCAUUUGGAUCAUAGUCUGUUUAAGGUCAAUAUUUAGUGUCCAUUUUUCUCGGCAUCUCGGUGCCCUUUUCCCUUGUAUUCUUCCUAUGAAAUGAUACAAGGGUACUAAAGGGGUCAAGAUGAGGGGGCCGCGAUGCAAUCUAGCAGACUCUAUAGUAGUUCUUCUUAUUUUCUUAUUCCUUUGAAUUUCUUUCUGAAGGAGCGUUGUCUUCAGGGAGAUUAGUAAGUUCAGUCCAUGAAAAUUUUGCUCAUAAAAUUCGACAUGCAUAGUAGUGACCAUCACGAUUUGACAAUCGAUGGUGCUCAAGGAGACUCAUGAUCAACACAAGGACAUUCAACCUAGUAAAAUUGAGUAUGGACAGCUUCUUUGAAGAGUCUGUGAUGUGAAUUUUGAAAAUCGAGGAAUCAGCGUUCCCUUCGCAAAUGCGGACCUUUUUUGUCUUGCAAGCCAGGAGUACAAUUUG